CCGCAGCAGCUGACCGCAGAUGAGAAGCAGCACUGAUUAAGCAGAAAAAAACAGAAAGGGGUUUCAGCGAGCGACUCCCACCAGAAAAGAAACGCCGCACUGUUGGGAAAUUUCAAUGGGAAAACGACUGUAGUCGUUUUUUAAAUCAAAAUGGCUCAGCGGCAAGUAUUUUUGGACACGGGAAAGUUGCAAAGGACAAUCUGAGAGAGAGAGAGUUCUGGGAUAUGAGUGGACUCGAGCUGCGCUGGAGUUGAUCUGUCCUUAAAGGAGAAGCGCAGCACACUGGAUUUUUACACUGAACUCAGAGAGUUGUAAUGUCUUGAAGCAGUACCCGGCACGUUUGAAGGAUGUACAGUGAGUGCUGAUGGAAACUGCUGCUCCAAUAUGAGUGUUCAUGAUGUUGGCGGGAGACGACGCUUUGAGGACUCUGAGUUCACCCUGCGGAUCUACCCAGGGGUCAUCGCCGAGGGCACCAUCUACUGCCCCAUCACUGCCCGUAAGAUCACUUCAGCCGCGGAGGUCAUCGAGCAAGUCAUUGAUCGGCUCCAGCUAGAUCGGACGAAAUGCUACGUCCUGGCAGAAGUGAAAGAGUUUGGUGGGGAAGAAUGGAUCCUCAACCCCACCGACUGUCCCAUCCAGCGCAUGAUGCUGUGGCCUCGCAUGGCCUUGGAGAACCGCUUCAGCAGCGAGGACUACCGCUUCCUGCUGCGAGAGAAAAAUCUAGACGGCUCCAUCCACUAUGGCAACUUGCAGAUGUGGCUGCAGGUCACAGAAGAGCGGCGGCGCAUGGUGGAGCGGGGCUUCCUGCCGCAGCCCUUGCCGAAGGACUUCGAUGACCUUUGUAACCUGCCGGAUCUCAACGAGAAGACUCUGCUGGACAACCUGCGCAGUCGCUUCAAGCAGGAAAAGAUCUACACCUAUGUGGGCAGCAUCCUCAUUGUCAUCAACCCCUUCAAGUUCCUCCCUAUCUAUAACCCCAAAUAUGUCAAGAUGUACGAUAAUCACCAGCUGGGCAAGCUGGAGCCGCAUAUCUAUGCGGUGGCGGACGUGGCCUACCAUGCUAUGCUGCAGAGUAAGCAGAAUCAAUGCGUUGUUAUUUCUGGGGAGAGUGGAUCUGGCAAGACUCAAAGCACCAACUUCCUGAUCCACCAUCUCACGGCUCUAAGUCAGAAAGGCUUUGCUAGCGGAGUUGAGCAGAUUAUUCUGGGUGCUGGACCAGUGCUGGAGGCUUUUGGUAACGCUAAAACAGCCCAUAAUAACAACUCCAGCCGUUUUGGGAAGUUCAUCCAGGUGAACUAUCAGGAAAGUGGCACUGUAAGAGGGGCAUAUGUGGAGAAAUAUCUGCUGGAGAAAUCCCGACUCGUCUAUCAGGAGCACAAUGAAAGGAAUUACCAUGUGUUUUACUACCUGCUGGCAGGAUCGAGUGAAGAUGAGAGAACAGUGUUCCACCUCAAAAAGCCUGAAGAAUACCAUUACCUCAAUCAGCAGGAUUGCUUCACAGUUGAAGGGGAGGAUCUUAAACAUGACUUUGAGCGCUUGCAGCUGGCUAUGGAGAUGGUGGGCUUCCUUCCCGCAACACGUAAACAGAUUUUCUCUCUGCUGUCAGCUAUCCUUCAUUUAGGGAAUAUCCGAUACAAGAAGAAGAUAUACCGGGAUGACUCCAUUGACAUCUGCAAUCCUGAAGUUCUGCCUGUAGUGUCAGAGCUGCUUGAGGUCAAGGAGGAAAUGCUCUUUGAGGCCCUGACAACACGGAAAACAGUGACGGUGGGCGAGAAGCUGAUAGUCCCAUACAAACUUGCAGAGGCUGGGACGGUACGGGACUCCAUGGCUAAGUCCCUCUACAGUGCCCUUUUUGACUGGAUUGUGUUCAGGAUCAAUCACGCGCUGCUCAACCAAAGAGACUUGGAAGAGUCAGCCAAGAUCCUGUCCAUCGGGGUUCUCGAUAUCUUUGGCUUUGAAGACUACGAGAACAACAGCUUUGAACAAUUCUGCAUCAACUUCGCCAACGAGAGACUUCAGCACUAUUUCAACCAGCACAUUUUUAAGCUGGAACAGGAAGAAUAUAGAUCAGAGGGCAUUGCUUGGCAUAAUAUUGAUUACAUCGAUAACACUGGCUGCAUUAACCUCAUCAGCAAGAAGCCCACAGCACUGCUCCACCUACUGGAUGAGGAAUGCAACUUUCCACAGGCCACCAAUCAGACCCUCCUGGACAAGUUCAAGCGGCAGCAUGAGGGAAACCGCUAUAUUGAGUUUCCUGCAGUCAUGGAGUCAGCCUUCAUCAUUAAACACUACGCAGGGAAAGUCAAAUAUGGAGUUAAGGACUUCAGAGAGAAGAAUACGGACCACAUGCGGCCAGACAUCGUCGCACUCCUCAAGAGCAGUAAAAAUGCCUUCAUCUGUGGUCUGAUCGGUAUUGACCCAGUGGCCACCUUCCGCUGGGCUGUACUCAGGGCCUAUUUCAGAGCCAUGGUAGCCUUCAGGGAUGCUGGGAAGAGACAUGUGGAGAAACGCAGCGGGCAUGACGCUGCUGCUCCAGUUGUGAAAAGUGUGGAUAGCUUUAGUUUUCUGCAUCACCCUGUACAUCAGAGAAGCUUAGAGAUCCUGCAGAGGUGCAAAGAGGAGAAAUACAUCCAGCAUGCAUGCUUCUCGGGCAGCCCACCACUAUCCCCUCACUGGAGCCGCUGUUCUGAGCACUCGCGCCCCCGCACCGCUCCAGCUCAGAGUACGCACUUGUUUCUCUUGCCCUCUGAGGACAGCGGGCUCACAAUAGGUCUGCUUGAUGGAGGUGUGAACAGGAGGAAUCCUCGCACUCCACUAACUGAUCUGCAGGGAAGCAACGCACUUAAUCAACGAGAGGGAUGGAAUGGGCGUGCUGGGAGACAAAACCGUCUGUCCUCCCCUGGAUCCGUCAAUGAAGAGGACGGCAUCUUCGUCAACUCCACCAGCAGUAAACUCCUGGAGCGAGCCCAUGGCAUUCUUAUGAGAAAUAAAAACUAUAAAAUGAAGCCCAGUCUUCCUAAGCACUUGCUGGAUGUAAAGUCUCUGAAGUACCUUAGUAACCUGACGUUACAAGACCGCAUAACAAAGUCCCUGCUGCACCUGCACAAGAAAAAGAAACCCCCAAGUAUCAGUGCCCAGUUUCAGACCUCUCUCAACAAACUGAUGGAGACGCUUGGUCAGUCGGAGCCGUACUUUGUGAAGUGCAUACGAUCAAAUGCAGAGAAGCUUCCUCUGCGUUUUAAUGAUGCCCUGGUGCUGAGACAGCUUCGCUACACAGGCAUGCUGGAAACCGUGCGUAUCCGACAAUCUGGCUACAGUAUCAAGUACACUUUUCAGGAUUUUGUUCGACACUUCCAUGUACUGUUACCAGAGGGUACCAACCAGGCCAGCCAGGAAGCUAUCAGACGGUACCUGCACCAGGUGGAUCUCACUCCUGAAGGGUUCCAAAUGGGCCGUACCAUGGUGUUCCUCCGUGAAGCAGAGCGUCAGCGGCUGCAAGACCUGCUCCAUCAGGAGGUGCUGCGCAGAAUCAUUAAUCUUCAGAGACGUUUCAGAGCUCUUCUAGAGAGAAGGAACUUCCUCAGAAUGAGACAGUCUGCUUGCCAAAUACAGAACUGGUGGAGGAGGUGUCAGUCUUUACAGAGGGACAGCAGGCUUGAGUAUGUCCAGCAGGGGGCAGCGGUUUGUAUCCAGUCGGCCUGGAGAGGCUUUAAAGAUAGGCAUAGACUCUUGCUGUGGAGGGAGGCAGCCGUGGUGAUCCAGAGAAAUUGGAGGCUGUAUUGGCGGGGGCGGGCGGCCCGCCGGAUCCAGACUGUAUGGAGAAGACACAGGGCCAGAGAGCUCUAUCUCCGGCAGCGGGAUAUCACCAUCCGCCUGCAAGCAGCGGGUAGAGGCUAUUUGGCGAGGCAGAGAUGUAGAGAACUUAAACAGAGAUUAAAAACCACUCAGCUGCCGAAUGGAAAGUCCAGUCUGUUACCAGAAGAGGACAAGCUGAGAGGCAUGGGUUUGGAUCAAAGCAUAUGGGAAGACUCCUGUGAGGUGCAGGACAGGAGCAGACAGACCCUCAUCAGUGCAGUAGAGGCACCUGGAGAAGAUGUUUCAGAAGAGAUGGAGCCAGAGAUGACAGAGGGUACGGCAACAGUACAACCGACACUUGAAGAGUCAAUCCGCGAAAGACCGCAGACUCUAGAGGAUCCCAACCAGAGGACUCGGGCCAAAAGAGAGAGCCGGCGGAUGCGAGAGUUGGAGCAGGCCAAAUUCAGCUUGGAGCUUCUUAAGGUGCGCUCCACUGGAGGUGUGUCUCCUUCGGAAGAAAGGCGCUGGUCAAUGGAGCUGGUCAGUGAGAUCGCUCACACUCCUCAGGGUUCUCCAGACAGCCAGAGCUCCAAAGGCAGCUUUGAGCUACUCAAUAUAGAUGACUAUUUCAAAGACAAGGCACCCUGUGCUGAACCAGAGAACCUUGGUUCUCCUUCUGUACCUGACAAGCACGAUGUGUUCUCCAACAUUCCCGAGUCCACUUUGCCCUCUGACACUCCAGCACCCGAUAUAUUGUCAAAACCAGCUGGCCAACCUGAACCUCCCAAAAGGCAGAACUCGCUCCCAACUUUCUACUCCCCUCCAUCAGAAAGCUGCUUUCUAAUUUUGAAGUCUACCAUGAAUUCUGCCACCCUGUGCCCUGAUGGCCCCAGCAAACCAAUGAAAGACAAGAAGGAGCCCACUCGGAGACCUAUGGUUGUGGUUAUUAGUAUGCAGAAGGAGAGCCUUUUAAAUGAAGUAGAUGUGAAGGCUCUGGAGGUCAAAGACAGUUCCGCCCAGACCAGUGAGCCGCCAAGCCCAGCACAGCCUAGCAGCAAAAGCCUUUAUGUUCUGGAAAAGCUAGAGAAGCUUAAUGAGGUAAAGGAAGAGCGUCAGAAACAUCAGCAGCAGCAAAAUGAAAAAGAGAUGAUGGAGCAGAUCCGUCAGCAGAAGCACAUCCUGAAAGAACAACGUGAGAUUUUCUCCCAACAUGAGAGGGAGGUGUUUGAGAAGCAGAGGGUUGAAGCUCUGCAAAGGAUCGAGCAGAGUAGACAAGAAGGUUCAGGAGGAAAGCCAGAUAGAUUCUUCACAGACAGAGGCCCUGCUCCCAUAGCUCAGCCAGAGCCUGACCUCAGCUUCCAGCCAUUGGUCCCGGAAAAGGAAGCUGCUCCUUCAAUUUUCAGAGACAAACCAAAAGACAGUCGCAAUGUAGCAGAAGGGUGGGCACCAAAGUUGACCCUGGAAUCCAGAGGGGAUGAAGCCAGAAGGAAAAUAACUACGAAACCGUCCACUCAGAAUGUCAACAUGAGCAUGUCCGAGAGGCCUGGAAACAUGUUCUUUUCUCCGAAGGCCAAGGUUUCAAAGUUGGAGAAGGACUUAGCCAAUCAAGGGAAGACCCCUGGAGUCCAGAAUGAAGUGAGCCUGUUUGGUUACAAAUCCACUAAGAGUGAGGUUGGCCGACCGGGUCAUAAAAAAGCUCGAAUGGCACGGACACGUUCAGACUUCCUGACUCGCGGUUCAAACGCCAUGGGAGAGGGGGAGUCAGAGGAGGAGGAGUAUGAUGAGACCCCUCUGUUUCCUGGCACACCCCUCCCCAAGCAGGACUCAGAGGAGAGCGCACUAGAGGCUUGUCACAGUGACUCCGAAAUGACGGUCACAGCCAAUGAAGAGCAGAAGAACAUGUAUAAAGCCAUGUCAUCUGGAGAGCUGGGCAAAAGUGAUGCGAGGAAGAACUCUCAUGGAGAUGGAAGGGUUCGUGGUAAAAUGCGGUUUUGGGGAAAGGCAAGGCAUGCAGAGAAGAAAACCUCGCGAGAGCGGCUGCUGUGUGGCAGUGAUACUUUGGAAGGAGACUAUGCUGAAACGGCAAUUCUAAUGGAAGAGGGGGUAGAGCGCCUGUCCCCACCUCGAAGCCCAGACCUAACGUUACAGAGGGAGUUUAAAGAGAAUAAAGACCCGUCCCCUAAAGUGAAGCGCAGACGAAGUGUGAAGAUCAGCAGUGUGGCUCUAGAGCCCGUCCAGUGGCAGAACGAUGCCCUGCAGAUACUCACAUGUGCUAAUGACUACAGGAGCAUGAAUGACUUCCUCAUGAAGAAGAUUACUGAUUUGGACACAGAAGAUGGUAAGAAAGACACGAUGGUGGAUGUUGUCUUCAAAAAGGCCCUAAAGGAGUUCCGCUUGAAUAUCUUCAACUCAUACUCAACAGCUUUAGCUAUGGACGAUGGGAAGAGCAUUCGUUACAAGGAUCUCUACGCCCUCUUUGAACAAAUCCUGGAGAAAAAUAUGCGUCAGGAGCAGAGGGACUGGAGCGAGUCACCGGUGAAAGUUUGGGUCAACACCUUCAAAGUCUUCCUGGAUGAGUUCAUGACAGAGCACAAACCUCAGGACAGCAGCAUGAGCAGGGCACCCAAACCAGACCGCAAGAAAAGAAGGAAAAAGGAUACUGAUAUAGUGGAGGAGCACAAUGGCCACAUAUUCAAGUCAACUCAAUACAGUAUUCCCACCUACUGCGAGUACUGCUCCUCCCUCAUCUGGAUGAUGGACAAGGCCUGUGUCUGCAAACUGUGCCGCUAUGCGUGUCACAGAAAGUGCUGUCAGAAGAUGACCACCAAAUGCAGCAAGAAGUAUGACCCUGAACUUUCGUCAAGGCAGUUUGGUGUGGAAUUGUCCCGUCUGACCAACGAUGAGCGAGCGGUGCCUUUAGUCGUCGAGAAACUUAUCAAUUACAUUGAGAUGCAUGGCCUGUACACAGAGGGGAUCUACAGGAAAUCUGGAUCCACCAAUAAGAUUAAGGAGUUGAAGCAGGGUCUGGACACGGAUGUAAAUGGCAUGAAUCUGGACGACUAUAAUAUUAAUGUCAUUGGCAGCGUUUUCAAGCAGUGGUUACGUGACUUGCCAAAUCCUCUGAUGACCUUUGAACUGUAUGAGGAAUUCCUGCGGGCCAUGGGUCUCCAGGACAAAAAAGAAGUGAUUAGAGGGGUUUACUCUAUAAUCGACCAGCUCAGUAGAACUCAUCUGAACACGCUGGAGCGCCUUAUUUUCCAUUUGGUCAGGAUUGUCCUGCAGGAGGAGACAAACCGUAUGUCUGCUAAUGCGCUGGCUAUCGUGUUUGCCCCCUGCAUCCUGCGCUGCCCUGACACUACCGAUCCUCUGCGGAGCGUUCAGGACAUUGGGAAAACCACAGCGUGUGUCGAGCUGAUCAUUUGCGAGCAGAUGAAUAAGUAUAAGGCCAGACUGAAGGACAUCAGCACUCUGGAAUUUGCGGAGAACAAAGCCAAGAGCCGACUAACAUUCAUCCGCAGGUCCAUGUCAAAUUCAUUCAGAAAGGGUAAGGGCCAGGCGCACAAGGUGAGUUAUCACACACCGUCUCCUCCAGUCAGUCCUCGGUCUCCAACUGCCCCGGAGGUGAUGCAGGAGAGCGGAGAUGAGGAAGUCAGCAGAGAUCCAGAAGUCUCUGAGCAACAACAAGUUGCCAUGCAGCAGGAAGAGAAAGUCCUGACCGAACAAAUCGAGAGUCUGCAGAAAGAAAAGGAGGAGUUGACGUUUGAGAUGCUUGCUCUGGAGCCGCGGGCGUCCGAUGAUGAGACUCUGGAGUCAGAGGCCUCUAUAGGCACAGCAGACAGCUCUGAAAACCUGAAUGUGGACUCCGAGGGAGCCAUUUCGGACUUCUCUGAGCGAGGCCCAGCGCUGGCCGCCUUGAGGCCCAAGAAGUCUGAAGGGAAGAGCAGGAGAGUUCUGCGAAAGCAGCCUGAAUCCCUGGACUCCAUGGAUUCCAGUUCUACCGUCUCCUCUGUGUCGUCUUCCUAUGUGCAACCACCUGUGCGAACCCAUAAAUUACGCUUGCGGUCCAAAUCGCCUUCGACCCAAUUAUAUCUAUCCAGCCCGCCUGAGAGCCUGGACCAGCCCGAGCAUGAUGGAGAGGAGAGACCGCAGUUCACCAGCCGCGGCACCUUCAACCCAGAAAAAGGCAAACAGCAGCUGCAAGGUGCCAAGAACUCACUUCAGAGGCACCGUGACCCUCCGAUGGGCGGAGGGCCGAAAAGAGAUCCAGACUUGCCGCCCCAGCAGGUGGUGGUGUACGGCAGCAACGAGUUCAUGGUAUGAAGGCCACAAGGUUCCACGUCCAUCCACGAAAAAAAGAGCUCAUCCCUCCCUGCUAGCUCACUUGAGUUCACAUUUGCUGCAUUAUAGUCCUUAAGUGCCAUGUUGACCGGAAAAGCAGGAAGAGAGAGCUGGGCAGCUUUCCGAUCUGCAUGUGAGAAAACAGCUCUGUUGGGCACGUGUGGUGAAGGAAAGCAGGGCAAAGGGAAUGCUGAACCAUUCCAGUGUGGAAUGAUCUCCUUUGGGCUUUGAUUGGCAACUCCGUGACUGUGAUCGGGGUCCAAAGGCGGGAGACGAAGCCAUUGAUGAACUCCACAAAGUCAAGCUAAACCAUGGGCUGCUUUAACGUUUACAGCAUUCACUACAAUUUAUUUGCCCCCAAGCCUAUUUAAUAAAUUUUAUGUACAUGGAAUAUAGAAAUCUAUAUAAAUAUAUUAUGUGAUAUAAAGUGUACAAAGCCAGAGCACCAGUGACUGCUGGGUUGUUGAAUUCAUAUAUCGUGUAUCGGUCAUGAAUGAGUUGGAGAGAGAAGCGAGGACGUUGGGUUUGUGUGGAUGUGUGUGAGGCUCCUCCGUAUGUGUGUGAGUGUGUGUCUUAUGAAAAAAACCUCUGGAUAUGUUUGUGCUGCUUUUUGUAUUGUGCUUGGAUGGAAAUGAUGCCAUUAAAGGGACCAAGCAAACUGGUGUUAUAAUGCCAGAGGAUCCCACACUAAAUGAAGACUCGAAAGUCUUCCAAAUCACGUCAACAGCCAUCCAUCAGUUGGUUGAAUUCAUUUAGAUUCUCAUUCCUAUUAUUUGUGCUUAUCUGCCUCAGUCUUGUUCUAAGAAACCAGUGUUAAAACGCAAAACCGCAGAGUUACUGGAUUACUUAUGGUAUUCUAAAUGUAAUAAUUUUACUGAAUUUUAGGAUCAUUCAUGCCCUGAAAACAUGAUUCCCCUUGCCAUAAAAUGACUUAAUAUAUUACCAAAUGAUCUCU